ACCCUAAAGCCAUUUCUUCUUCACGCCACCAUCUACACCUCCGGCAGCUGAGUGCCGCUCCUUAGCUUCAGUUCACGGCUGCUGCUGCAGCCAUCGUUUUUCCUCCCUUCGCGCCGCUGAAGCUUCACAGUGGUUUUGCUCUGGUUUUCUACUCCUUUUCUGUUACUGGUCAUUCGGCUUUGGGUGAGCUAAACGUUGGAUUGAGAUAUGGCGUCUUUUGUGAAGCCAGAGAAUGCUUUAAAACGAGCUGAAGAGCUGAUAAAUGUUGGCCAGAAGCAAGAUGCCUUGCAAGCCCUUCAUGAUCUUAUCACUUCGAAAAAAUAUCGAGCAUGGCAGAAACCUCUUGAGAGGAUUAUGUUUAAGUAUGUUGAGCUCUGUGUGGACAUGAGGAAAGGAAGGUUUGCUAAGGAUGGUUUGAUUCAAUAUCGUAUUGUUUGCCAGCAAGUCAAUGUUACUUCCUUGGAGGAAGUAAUCAAGCACUUCAUGCAUCUUUCAACUGAGAAGGCAGAGCAGGCUCGUACUCAAGCUCAAGCUUUAGAAGAAGCUUUGGAUGUUGAUGAUUUGGAAGCUGAUAAAAGACCAGAAGAUCUGAUGCUUAGUUAUGUUAGUGGUGAAAAGGGAAAAGAUAGAUCUGAUCGGGAACUUGUUACCCCCUGGUUUAAAUUUCUGUGGGAGACAUAUCGAACGGUUCUUGAUAUACUAAGGAAUAACUCAAAGUUGGAGGCACUUUAUGCGAUGACAGCUCAUCGUGCCUUCCAGUUCUGUAAAGUGUAUAAAAGAACAACUGAAUUUCGUAGGUUAUGUGAAAUUAUCAGAAAUCAUCUUGCUAAUCUCAAUAAGUAUAGAGACCAAAGGGAUCGGCCUGACCUUUCUGCUCCAGAGAGCUUGCAAUUGUACCUUGACACAAGAUUUGAACAGCUGAAGGUUGCCACAGAGCUUGAGCUCUGGCAGGAAGCUUUUCGUUCCGUGGAAGAUAUUCAUGGAUUGAUGUGCAUGGUGAAGAAAACACCCAAACCAUCCUUGAUGGUGGUGUAUUACGUCAAAUUAACAGAGAUCUUCUGGAUAUCAGAUAGCAAUCUUUAUCAUGCUUAUGCAUGGCUUAAACUUUUCUCCCUCCAGAAGAGUUUCAACAAAAAUCUAAGCCAGAAGGAUUUGCAGUUGAUAGCUUCUUCUGUUCUUUUAGCAGCUCUUGCAGUGUCCCCCUACGACUCUAAGCAUGGUGCUUCUCAUUUAGAACUUGAACACGAGAAAGAGCGGAAUUUGAGGAUGGCCAAUCUUAUAGGGUUCAGUUUAGAUUCCAAACUUGAAAGUAGAGAUGUGCUUUCAAGGGAAAAUCUUUUUUCUGAACUGGUGUCUAAAGGAGUCCUAAGCUGUGCAACUCAAGAAGUUAAAGAUCUUUAUCAUCUUUUGGAGCACGAAUCCUUCCAUCUUGACCUUGCAACAAAACUGCAACCCUUACUAAACAAAGUAUCAAAGCUUGGAGGUAAGCUUUCAUCAGCUUCAUCUGUCCCUGAAGUCCAAUUGUCCCAAUAUGUUCCUGCUCUUGAAAAACUUGCUACCCUGAGGCUGCUUCAGCAGGUCUCCAAGGUGUACCAGACUAUGAAAAUCGAGAGUCUGUCGCAGAUGAUCCCAUUUUUUGAUUUUUCUGCCGUGGAGAAAAUAUCAGUUGAUGCAGUUAAACAGAAUUUCAUUGGCAUGAAAAUUGAUCAUUCGAGGAACAUUGUGUUAUUUGGCAAUUUGGGUAUCGAAUCAGAUGGGCUUCGGGACCAUCUGACUGUUCUCGCAGAAUCCUUAAACAAAGCAAGAGCUAUGAUCUAUCCUCCUGUUUUGAAGGCAUCAAAAACAGGUGAUCUAUUGCCUGAUUUAGCAGAUAUUGUCGAUAAGGAGCACAAGAGGCUGCUUGCUCGUAAAUCUAUAAUUGAGAAAAGGAAGGAAGAGCAGGAACGGCAACUUCUUGAAAUGGAACGUGAGGAGGAAUCAAGAAGGUUAAAAUUACAGAAGAUAACAGAAGAGGCAGAGCAGAAGCGGCUUGCUGCAGAAUAUGAACAAAGAAAAAACCAACGGCUUCGUAGGGAAAUGGAAGAGCGAGAACUUGAAGAAGCACAGGCUUUACUUCAGGAAGCUGAAAAGCGUGUUGGUAAAAAGAAGGGAAGCAGGAAGCCGGUUCUCGACUCUGAAAAGUUGACAAAACAAACUUUAAUGCAAUUGGCCCUUACUGAACAAUUAAGGGAGAGGCAGGAAAUGGAGAAGAAGUUACAAAAGCUAGCGAAAACUAUGGAUUAUCUAGAAAGAGCAAAAAGAGAAGAGGCUGCAACGUUAAUUGAAGCUGCAUUUCAGCAACGGUUGCUUGAAGAGAGAAUGAUUCAUGAACGUGAUCAGCAGCUGGAGGUAGAGUUAAGCAAGCAGCGCCAUGAAGGUGACCUUAAGGAGAAGAAUCGAUUGUCUAGAAUGUUGGAGAGUAAGAAAAUUUUCCAAGAAAGAGUAAUUAGUCUUCGUCAAGAGGAAUUCAGCAGACGUAGAGCUGAAAGAGAAGAGCAUAUCAAGCAAAUAAUUCAGGCCCGGAAAGCAGAAAGGGAGGCUAAGAGAAAGAAAAUAUUUUACGUAAGGCGUGAAGAGGAAAGGAUUAGAAUAUUGCGUGAAGAGGAGGAAGCACGCAAGCGUGAAGAGGCGGAGAGGAGAAAGAAGGAAGAAGCUGAACGCAAGGCUAAAUUGGAUGAGAUAGCUGAGAAGCAGAGACAGAGAGAGCGAGAGUUGGAAGAAAAAGAAAGACUGAGGAAAGAAAGUCUCUUUGGUAGUAGUGCCAGGUCUGGUGAUGCUCCUGCCCGACCUGAUGUUGCUCCUAGUUCUCGGCCUCUGGACCCUGGGACUGCUGCUCCUGCUGCCGCUGCAGCUGCUGCAACAUCCCCAGCAAAAUACGUGCCGAAGUUUCGACGGAAUGAAGGCUCCACUCCUGACGCACCACCAUCUGAAUCUGGUCGAUGGGGAAGCAGCCGGCCUGAUAGACCAUCUCGACCAGACAGUUGGCGUAAUGAUGACAGCAGAUCUGCGUUUGGAAGUUCAAGGCCAUCAUGGUCCUCAUCCCGAGCUCCUGCUCGUGCUAGCACCGACCGCUGAUUGUGGUGGCAGAAUUUUUUUGGGUAUGACCGAGGAAAAGAAUAAUCACAUGUUUUUGCUACUAAGCCUAUCUACAACUGAAGUUAAGGAAGAAGCAGCAGCGAGAAGGUUGUAAUAUUUGUUAUGUUGUGUUGUGUGUUACAUUUAUUAGUGGAAGAGUUGUCCCUUUUGUUUUAUAAUGAAAUGAAUGUACGACUUCAUCACAUGGCUACCAAUUUAUAGGCCAACAUUUUUAGUUGCAUUGUAUUUUUCUUUGGUUCUUUUUUAUUUUCCCUUCAAUCUGUUGAGGGAGGCCUUGAUGAACUGCUGCUUACAAGCAUUUUUAUGGACAUAUAUAUUUAAUUGCUCCUUCUUAAGUUCA